AGUUGUCAAGAUCUCAGGAUGGGUCAUCCCGUGGCAAAGAACCGGUCUUUUGGGUAGUUUCUCAAACCUGCUGUAGCCGGGAAUUUUUUGGACAUGUACCGAUAGAUCCGGUAAGGGGGUCAAUGCUAUAAGAAAUGGGGGUUUAAGAAAAAGGUUGGUUGGUUGGUUGGUUUUGAGAGGGCUUUUGGUUUUUUCCCAUCUGAUCUUUGGGGAAGAAGAGAGAAGAGAGGAGAGAGAAUAUCUGAGUAGAUAAAAAAAGGAUGGGGGUGGUAGAGAGAAGUUUAUUUAGAACCAAGAAAGUGUCGUGAUUGAUGCAAAUUCUUAUUCCUUAUUAUGAAUCGAUUGAUCUCUCUCUUCUUCUUCUUCGAAAUUUCCGAUCUUUGCAUGCUUCACCAAGAGAAAGGAAUAAUGGGUGAAAGACAUUCUGCUGAAAUUGGAAGAGAAGAAGAAGGAGGAGAAUAGGCUUCGUUUUCUGAUAAAACAAAAAAAAAAAUAACGAGAGUAAGAACAUUGAUAGUUUUCCGUCAUUUGUUGAGCUGUUGGGAAUGAGCUCCAAGAUAUGGUGUUGCUGAAGAGAUUAGACUAUGGUUUUAGCGGCUAUCAAUUUCCUCCGACUCCUCGUGCAAAGAGAUCGGUUAGGAGGAGGAGAAGCUCAUUUUGGAAGAAGAAAAGUGAUCAUGAAGACCAGAUGUGUGCAUUUGACUUAUUGGCGACAGUAGCUGGGAAGCUAUUGUCAGAUGGGGAGAAUUCUCCUAAACAACAUUCCUCGACUGUUACAGAACCAACCAUUAAGAGAAUUCCAGAACAACAAGAAGAAGAAGGUCCAGUAAGAGCAGUAACAAGUGAUCAAGGAAGCUGUAAUAGCAGGUUUUAUGUUCCUGAAGAUGCCCCGAAAAUUCCCAACUGCAGAAAUAGUCCGAACGAAUCUUCUGCUGGUCAAAACGACGAUUGCUGCGGAUUCGCAUCUGUUGUAACUUCUGUUUGUUCUGAAAAAGUUACCAAUCAGGAGAAGUUGGUCACUAAGAACAAACUCGAGACUGAUUUACUAUCCAUUUCGUACAAUUAUAUGAAGGAUGAUGAAAAUCAAAUGAUAAAUGCUGUUGUUGAUGUGAAAGCUCCUGGUUUAGUUAGUUUAGAGAACAAUGACGAUGUAAAGUUAGUUGUUAGAGAUGAUGACGAAAACUCAUCUGGUUGUACUCAACCUGCCAGAAGAGGAGGAAUAAUAAAGGCUUGCAGGCCUUCCUUACUCCAUAAUGGAGACAGAAGAAUAAGGAAGUUAUUGGGUUCCAGAUGUCGUAAGCUACACAAUCCAAUGAGAAGUGAUGGAAAUCCCGAUACUAAUGAAGAAACAAAGGCCAUCUACCACAAUAGGAAUAAUUUGUAUAAAAGGCAAAGAUCCCAGAGGGAUUAUCCGUUUAAAAAGCGAAAAAUCUACUCUGGCUCACUAUCAAAUUCUGAUAAAGAGGAGGAUGUUUUCGCUAAUAAAGAUGGUUUAUCAAACUCACCCAUCAAAGGCCUUUUCGGUUCUGGUUCUGGUUCUGGUUCAGGUUCAGGUUCUCCAAUACAAGUUGGUGGAGGAGCAUCAACAUGGAAGACAAACAACCAAAACAUGUCAUUCAAGUCCAGGGAUUCUUCCCAUGUGAGGUUAAAGAUCAAGUCUUUCAAGGUUCCCGAAUUCUUUAUCGAGAUUCCCGAGACUGCAACAGUCGGUUCCUUGAAGAGGACGGUUCUGGAAGCGCUGACGGCUAUACUUGGGAGCGGACUGAAAGUUGGCGUACUCGUUCAGGGAAAGAAGGUUAGGGAUGAUAACAAAACACUAUUACAAACGGGUAUAUCUCAUGAGGACAACAAACCAGAUGCUUUGGGUUUCUCUUUGGAGCCCGCUUCUCCACAAGCAGCUGUAAAUUCUUUUAUUUCGCCCAGAAAUCAACAACAACCACCUUUUCUGUUACCGCCACCUUGCCAUACGCCGCCGAAACCACUAACGAGGUAUCAAAACGGUGAAGUGGUUCCACUUCUGACGCGUUUGGGAACCUACGUUGAAAGUGAUCAUGACUCCACACCUUCACCAGUGCCGGACAUGUUAUCUACACUUGAUAAGAUCAGUAGUAAUAAUAAUAUUAAUAAGGAUUCGAAAGCUGUGGUCCCUGUUGUGGCUGCGGAUGUAAAGGCUCUUUCUAUAGUUCCUAUAAGGAAAUUGAAGCGUCCUGAGGUGGCGCAACGCCGAAUUCGUCGACCUUUUUCAGUUGCUGAAGUUGAAGCACUUGUUCAAGCAGUUGAGAAACUUGGUACAGGCAGAUGGCGUGAUGUGAAGCUGCGAGCUUUUGAUAAUGCCAAGCAUCGAACAUAUGUGGAUCUCAAGGACAAGUGGAAAACGCUGGUGCAUACUGCAAGAAUAUCCCCGCAACAAAGGAGAGGAGAACCGGUGCCACAAGAGCUGUUGGACAGGGUCUUGGUUGCACACUCUUACUGGUCACAGUACCAACCGAAGCAACAUUUGAAACACCAACAUGACGAGGGACUGUCGUGUGGCCUCCUACUUCUUUAAAACUCGAAAAAAGAAAAGAAAAAAAGAAACACCCACCAGCUCUUACACUUCUCUUUAUAUAAUUUUUUUAAUCUUCUUUUCAGACUAAUAAAUAAAUGAAGAAGUUAAAAAAAGGAAAUACCUUGAAAAUUGUUGUACAACAAAAGAAGGAAAGAGUGAGCUACAAAAUGGUGUUUAGUAGAUAUUAGAGGUGAUAGAUUAUUGUACUAGUAGUAAGUCACUUGCUCCCAUGCCAAUGCCUAAUUCUUUUUCCCCUGUUUGGGAAGAGAGGCUCUCUUUUGGCUUUUGUAAAUGGUGGAGAGAAUAAUACUUUAAUAAAUGCAUUUGCUAACCACAAUUCUUUUCAUUCUA